AAAUAAAGGCACCGGUGGAUGGAAAAAAGUUGUUGCAGCUUUCGGGCAGGAAAUUUUACUUGAUAAUGGAGAAGUUAAUAGGCCAAGACUUGGACAAAUUGUUUUUUCCGAUCCAGAUAAGCGCCAACUUCUUAAUCGGCUUGGUCAAAUGACAAACAUCCAGACUGAUAAUUUAUGGCGCCACUCUUUGGCUUCAUUACCCCACCGAGCUCAUAGCCAUGGCUUUUAACCCGUGUUACUUGAAGCUUCAUAUUUGAUUAGACAAGUUCGCCUCUGGGCAGGAGAUGCUGGGUGAUGAGAUGGUAGGUGGAUUGUGGGGCCAUGGAGAAGGACCCAAGAGGCUAGGAAGCGAAAAGUGAGUUCGCACCAAAACUGAUGAAGCCCUUGAAACCCUCUGAUAAUGACAGAAGUAGCUGCAAAAGACGCCAUAGAAGUUGAUGCUAAGGACCUCUUGAACUCUUCAUCUGUUUUUCACACCCUACGCAACUAAAGACGUGAGAAACAAACACUCAACUGAAAGCUUUGAUUUUAUUUCAUUGGUGAGUAUUACAGCAGGUUCUAUCAGUCUCAGGAUGUUAUUGGAGAUCUUGAAACUCAUGUAGGUGCGUAUGCUAGAAGCUCAUCAAUCCCACCACUACAUAGUCUAUUAGUGCUCGCGUGAGUUAAUCACGCGAAGUUGCUGAUGAUGUAUAUCAUAAGCCUAGUGGUUAGUUAAUUAGUAGGAAUUUAAGGUGGCGUGGUGCGACACCACAUUCUCAUACUUUUGUUGGACCUUUUAAUUCGCCGCUUUCUCCUUAUUUUUCCUUCCCUCUCAAAGCAUCUUUUUACUCUCUCUCUCUCUCUCUCUCUCUCUCUGUGGUGCGGAAGAGAUGGGGCUCUGCUGCAUUGGCCUCUCUCUUUAAACCUUUUGCUACCAAUAGACGAACGAAACUUCUCAUCCCUUACAUUCCUCGACUCCAUCCAACUAACUCCCCAUAUGGCAGCCAAGCCAGCUGAAGAAGAUCCUCCAGUAGAAGCCUUGAAAUACCAGACGUGGGUGUUGAAAGUCUUAAUCCACUGUGAUGGCUGCAAGAAGAAAGUCAAGAAAGUUCUUCAGGGAAUCGAUGGGGUUUACACAAUUGAGGUUGAUUCUCAACAGCACAAGGUUACGGUGACUGGUAACGUGGACGCUAACACUUUAAUUAAGAAGCUUGCGCGAUCAGGCAAAUUAGCAGAGCUAUGGCCAGAGAAGGGCCAGAAGAAAGAUAACAAGUCGAAAUCCAAGGGUAGCGAUAAGCAAAAGGAAGACCAGAAGAAUAGUGAACCGUUUGGCGAUGACAUUGAACAGAAUGGUACGGCUGCUGAUGAAGAGACCGAGUCAUGCAAAGCAGACAGCGAAUGUGAGGAGGCCGGAGGAGCAGAUACAGGUGGCAACAGGGGCGGAGGCGCUAAAAAGAAGAAAAAGAAGAACAAGAACAAGGGGCAAACUGAUAGUGAUUCUCCCACCAAUAACGGAGGUGGUGGAGAAAAUUUGAUUGGUGCUGCUGCCACACAUCCAACACCAAGUAAAUCAGCCGGAGCCAUCCCCAACUUGGCUAAUUCUACGGCGGCUAUGGACCAUGGUCCUCCGAUUCAGCAUGCCUAUCCUUCAUACCUACCAACAGCGUACUAUUCUCCUGCAAUACCGCAAGCAUACAGUUUAAGCUAUAACACAGCAUAUCCCAGCUCCAAUGCCCUGUAUUAUGCCCCUCCCAUGCAUGCUUAUGCUACAUACUCUCACCUACAGUCGCCUCCGCCUGGCUGGUUCCAGCACUACAGGGAUGAUCACGUGGAUGAAUAUGAAGGUGGAUGCUUUGUAAUGUGAACUGCAAAGUGGAGGAUAUGAAUAUUAUGUAGUAUUAGUAUGCUGAGAGGUACUGUUCGGGGGUUUAAGUUUAGUAAUAUCGUACAAAAACUUUUGGAUCUAGUGGUUCCAGGUACGAUCCUGUAACUCCUCAGGAACUAGGCCGGCACGGCAUCCAAAAAAUCCAAGUUUAGUAAUAUCUGCUAAAAAAAGGUUGGGAACGAAAAUAAGAAGGGUUGGUGAUUGGUUGAGAGAUGCAGGGUAUGGAGGAUCUUUAAUGCCUUGUCCUCAGCGUUCUUUUUUUUUUUUGUCCCUUUUAGUGCCGCCUUUUGGGGUUGCUUUAGAAAGCCCAAUGGCUCCCCAUUGAUCUGCUAUGUGUAGGGCCCUAAAUCCCCCUUUUCCUCUCAGCCUUAUCUGUAAAGUAGAUUUCUGUGUACGAAAGUUCGCCUUUCCCCCCUCUUUCGCUCCAUUUUAAUUGGCCUUCCAUGCAUGCAUGUAGCCAUUCAGUGUUAGCUUUUUAACUUACGAGCUAAGAAUGCAUGUGUUGACAAUUGGCCCAUUAACCUC